CCCCUCCCCCGCUGUGCCCGCUGCCACUGACUGACUGUGCCCCUUUGUCUUAGGUGCUGCAGACCUGUGCCCCCAUACCGGGGAGGAGUUCGGCCAGGGGUCAGACUGCCAUGCACUGAUUCCCCUCCUCCUCGUCUCUCCUGCCUUGCCCGGGACAUAAAUGAUAGAGGAUACCAUGACUCUGCUGUCUCUCCUGGGUAGGAUCAUGCGUUACUUCUUACUCAGACCGGAGACCUUGUUCCUGCUGUGCAUCAGCCUGGCACUGUGGAGCUACUUCUUCCACACGGACGAGGUGAAGACCAUCGUCAAGUCCAGCCGGGACGCCGUGCAGAUGGUGAAAGGGAAGGUGGCAGAGAUCAUGCAGAAUGACCGCCUCGGAGGGCUCGAUGUCCUGGAGGCAGAGUUCUCCAAGACCUGGGAGUUGAAGAGUAACAAUGUGGCCGUCUACUCCAUCCAGGGCCGGAGGGACCACAUGGAGGACCGCUUCGAGAUCAUCAUGGACCUGCUCAACAAGACUCACCCAUCCAUCUUUGGCAUCUUUGAUGGGCACGGAGGAGAGGCUGCAGCAGAGUACGUGAAGACCCAUCUGCCUGAGGUUCUAAAACAGCAUCUUCAAGAUUUUGAAAGGGAUAAAGAGAACAGCGUCCUCUCCUACCAGACAAUUCUGGAACAACAGAUUCUGGCGAUAGACCGAGAGUUGCUUGAGAAACUUUCAGGGACCUACGACGAAGCAGGUACUACAUGCCUAAUUGCCUUGCUGUCCGACAAGGAGCUCACGGUUGCAAAUGUUGGGGAUUCACGCGGAGUCUUGUGUGACAAGGAUGGAAAUGCUAUUCCCUUAUCACAUGAUCACAAACCAUAUCAGCUAAAGGAAAGAAAGCGGAUUAAAAGAGCUGGUGGCUUCAUUAGUUUCAAUGGAUCUUGGCGAGUUCAAGGGAUUUUGGCAAUGUCCCGUUCUUUGGGGGAUUACCCUUUGAAGAACUUAAAUGUCAUUAUAUCAGACCCCGAUAUCCUAAGCUUCGACCUUGAUAAGCUCCAGCCAGAAUUCAUGAUCUUGGCGUCUGAUGGGCUGUGGGACGCUUUCAGCAACGAAGAAGCUGUCCGGUUCAUUAAGGAGCGCCUGGAUGAACCUCACUUUGGAGCCAAAAGCAUUGUGUUACAAUCCUUCUACAGAGGAUGCCCUGAUAACAUAACGGUCAUGGUAGUAAAGUUCAGGAAUAGCAGCAAAACAGAUGAACAAUGAAUUGUCUGCAAUCUAUAUAUAUAUAUACAUAUGUACAGACGGACUUAAGGCAAACUAUUUUAUUUUAUCUAAGUAGGAAAAAAUGUGGAAAUGUUAUUAAAGUUGUCUCAUGGCCUCAUAUCAAUGUCCCAAACCAUAACAUGGACUCAUGCAGCUAAGAUAUCUAUCCACUGUAAGACUAUGAACACAUAAAACGUACAUAUAAGAUCCAACAUUGUUACAAGGUUGAAAAGCAAUUCUCUGUAUUAAAAAGAAGUGUUACCCCCUUAA